GUGCAUUGCAAUGCACACAUCCCAGUGCGCGCGCCCCGCUAUUCCCUUGAGUGGGCAGGUGCCUCUGCAUUUUAAUAUUAUCAUCAUCAAGAAGAGAACGGAGGAGAAUGGGCCAGUAUUUCUGCCUUCCAGAAGCAACUCCAGUCCACGACGAUGACGCGGAGGCGCAGCUUGUGGACUCGGGAGACCCUAGUACGGUCGCGGUUCGCCGGGAGUCGCAGCUGCCUGGCGGUGGCCCGGACGCCGGGGCAUCGGACACCGUGCCGUCAGCCGCCUCGCUAUCAGGCCCCGGGGCAAAAGAUGCCGGAGUAGGCGGCUCUGCCGGGGCGGCCGGCACGGAUGCAGCGGGCGACACGUCACAGUCCAAGGAAGUAGCGGCCCACGCCGCCGAUGGAACAGCGGCAUCCGUGGCGUCGAGCAAGCAGAAGAAAAACAUGCACGCAACAGAAAACUCCGCGGAACGCCAGGGGGCAACCUCGAAGCAGAAGAAAGCUGUCGCGGCGGAUCGUGUCUCGGGAGAGCCGCUGGCCGAGUUCGCGACCACCACAAAGACAGCCGACGACAAUGCGCCUGCCACCAAGAAGGUUGCGAGCACCGCAGACGUGCACAAAGCCACGGCCUUGCGGAGGAAAGGCAAGAGCGGUGCUCCAAAGAGCGGGGCCGCCGCGGAGCAGAAGUUGCAUGGAGGCAAACCUGACAAACAUGACGUCACUGAAGUCAGCGGCACCGCUGUGAAAGGUGCGGACGUUGUGGCCCAGCCAUCGUCAGCUAGUGAGAGCUCGGCCAGCCGGGUAUCCCGCACUGGGGCCCGUGCACCUCCGACCAGCGACUCGGCCGCAUCUCAGGCUGCGACGCAACUGCCGCCGGGUGUGAGAACCGGCACAAAUGUCCCGGCUGCAUCGGUCACCUCAUCGUCGACGUUACCGCCGCCGCGCGAGGAAGAAGAGGCUCUGCGAGAGGAGCGGUAUGAAGCCCGGUUCAGGGAGAUUGUGCGUCGCACUUGGCGCCGCUCGACGACAAUCUUCUGCGUGCUGCUGGUUCUGGCGACAGCCAUCGCCUCGGUGGCCUUCAAGACCUCCGAACAGCGAUCGCACCUCUUCAUGGUGCUGGACCCGGACCGUUUCACAGCUCCGCCUGCAGCCGGCAAUGCGUCGGAGCCGCCUCCGCUGUCGCUGGGGAACGAGACGAUCAUCAGCGAACCCAAGCCUGGGCAGCUUCUGCUCGAUGGAAUUCGCCGUCAACGCCACUUUCGUGACGGUCGUGACUGAAGGUCGUUCACUGCUCGUAUCGCUCAGUGCACACGAGACGGCGCAGCUGGCUGUUUUCUAUGGCAUCGACGAACUACGGACGCCUUAACGAGUGACGUCACAAAGAGUAGAGAUGGGUAUUUGCGCAUUCUAUUUUUUUUUUAAUCCUCGGGUUUAGUUUUUCUCGUAAUUUGCGUUCUUACGCCGUUAUUACGCAAUUGUCAUGGAAAUAUGAAAUUAAGAUAACGUAUUUUGCUAAUAUUUAGUAGCGCGUGAUCUGAUAAAGAUGCUGACAGUAAUUGUGAUACAAGAGUCCCCGGGCCUUUUUGUAUAUCAGUGAAUUUUUCGCAAGGAAUCUGGCACGGCGUAUGCAAGUGGCAUGCACUAUACAUCGUCACACCGCUGGCGAAAUGCUGCGAAUGCAGGGUACCGCGGAAGUAGGAAAAACCAGCGUUGGGAGUCCAACGAAAGUUUGCCAGCGAGCUGCGGCACGGAACUCUUAUGUCAUGCUGGGUCUGUCCUUCAUACUGCAGCUUUGUCAUAACAAAAUAAAUUAUUUCACUGCAGUGUGAGACACGUAGCAACAAACAUGUUAAAAGUGUUGUGCCCGCGCGUGAAAAAAGCACACCCAUUAUGUUAUUUAUGCCUCCUGUAAUACUAUUCGCGUCAGUGCUUAGGAAAUCGCACAGACGAUAGCCAACUGGCCUUUCGAAAGUAAGUUCGUCGUGCCACCGUAGUACUGUAUGCGAACUACAAUCUUAAAACGAUGAAAAUCGCAACGGUGUGUUUCUCCUUUCAGUGACUCUUAUUGUGGAGAAGCUAGCUCUACAGGGGCCUGCUGCGUAUAGGUGCAUGUACGGGAGCAUACAAAAUUAUAUAUACGUGUUCUAGUUAUUCUUCUUCCUUCUACUUAGUCCGCAGCUGCUCCUCCUCCUACUGAGGCACGCAGGCGCUGUGUCACACCUGCCUGUAGUUUCCGCAUUGUUUAAGAUAUUUUGUGAUAUACCUAUUUUUCAAUCUAUUUUUUUACCCAUAUUGAAUGGUGCG